AUGGCGUCCGGCGGCCACAAGCGGGCCACUGAGGAUUGUGCAGUCUCCAGCUUUACGGAAUGCAGCAAGACUCCUCGGCCUGAGACUCGGGACAACUUGCAGAGUCUGUCACAGGGCUCAGGCCUCCACACGGCUCCUGUAGCUGCUGCAAAUUGGGGGCCCUGCCUUCGGAGAAACGUGAUCAGUGAGAGAGAACGCAGGAGGCGGAUCUCCUUGAGCUGUGAGCGCUUGCGGGCUCUACUGCCCCAGUUUGAUGGCCGGCGGGAGGAUAUGGCGUCCGUCCUGGAGAUGGCUGUGUACUUCCUCCAGCUUGCCCACAGUAUGGAUCCUGGCUGGGAGCAGCUCUCUGCUCCUCAGCCAACCCGGAUGUGGCACAUGUGGCAGGGUGAUGUUCUGCAGGUGACCCUGGCCAAUCAGAUUGCAGACGGCAAGCUGGACUCCGGGAGAGCAGAGGCAUCUGCUGUGGCUGGGGUGCAGGAGCCCCCAUGCUGUGCGAUGCUGAGUGUAGACCAGAACCAAGCCAUGGAGAGAGUGUCAGAGCUGCAGGAGAGACCAUCCUCCUGCCCUGAGCCUUCCAGCAUGUGUCCUGGGCUUCCACUCUGGCUUCCUCACCCAUGGCAGUCAGCCACCCCCCAGAGCAGCGACACUGUAUCUGGUGGGUUGCACCAGGUGGGAUCCCUGGCUAGGGACACUGAAUCUCCAGGUGUGCUGGCUGAGGAGGCCAGCUUGGUCUUGACAUCUGUGCCUGAUGCCAGGUAUGACACAGGGACAGGGUCUGACGUGGUGGAUGGAACAUCCUUUCUGCUGACCACCAAUCCUGAUUGGUGGUUGGGGUCAGUGGAGGGCAGAGGAGGCCCAGCUCUUGCCAGGAGCAGCCCAAUGGACGAGGCAGAGCCAAGCUUCAUGGGGGAUCCUGAGCCCUGCUCCCAAGAGCUCCAGGCUGGUCCCCUAGAGCUGUGGGGCUUAGAUUUUGGCAGCCCUGGCCUGGCCCUGAAGGAUGAAGCAGACAGCAUCUUCCCUGACUUUUUCCCCUGCUAG